CACGCAUCCACACCUCUCCUCCAUCCUCCGCCUCCUGCUCCUGCUUCUGCACAUCCGCCUCAGCGCUCUGUGGGUGCCUUUCGCUUCUUUUUUGCCUUGUAUUUGACCCGCGCCCGCGCCCUCUCGCUCGCUCGCUCUCGCGCAUCUGCUGCUCUGCCUGUGCGCGCCCGACCGACUCCUUGAGGGAGCCUGCUGCUCGGCUGCACUCGACAACAAAGCCUGACAAGGCCUCUCUGUACGCGAGCGAGCAGCUCCGAGGCGCAAGCAUGUCGCAAAACGAAGGCGUGUCGCCGCUGCGCAUCAACAAGACGCCGACGCCCUCGCCCACAAAGGGCAAUGGCCGUCCGCUGUCCGAGAUCAGCCCUCACGAGCACCGCAGGAACUCGCCCAGCUGGAACCAGUCAACAAAGAAGAUCCAGCUGUCCAAGGAGAGCUCGCCCUACCGCGACUCGUCGCCCUUCACCCACAGCCCCCGCCUCUUCUGGAAGGAGCAGACCACAUCGCCCAAGAGCCGCUUCGAAGCGUCCGAGAACGAGCACGAGAUUAGCUCACCGCUCUCGCCCAAGCGCAACUCGAUUGAGAACCUCAAGAAGCAGUCACGUGUAAAGAACAGCAGCAUGUUCGCCCGCGAGCAGAAGCACGAGUACGAUCCCACCUUGGUCCAGCCCCUCGACCGCCCCCUCGCUGCAGGACGUCCCCUCAGCACCGUCAUUCAGGGCAACGCAUACGGCGGCAGUGGCCUGCCCCUCAAGGGCUUCCCACACGCCCGCUCCGAGAGCCAGACAAAGAUACCCGUCCUCAGCCCGGCCAAGACCUCCCCAGCGAAGCUCCCCACACAGUCGUCUUUCGCGUCGCCGGCAAAGUCACCGCCACAAGAGGGCCGCGCAUCGCCGACCAAGUCGUCGCUCGUCAGCAACGGGCGCUUCAACUCGCCACAGUACAACGGCGACUCCAGUGCCGUCUUCUCCGACGACGAGGACAACGUGCAACAGACCCCCCGCCCGCUGCGUCGCCAUGCUAAGAGUGUGACCUUCGACACCAAACCUCCCCAAAUCACAGAGUUUGAGAUGGUCACACCCGACCCGUCUGUGACAACCGCGUCAAGAGAUGGCAGCUACGACUCGGAAGAGGAGACGGAGGAGGAGAUGAGCUUCGACCAGGACGACAGCUUUGAUGCGUCCCUCGAGGACACCGACAAGACGCCUGUCGUGCUGCCAGAGGACUGGCGCCACAUGAGCCCCGAUGCCGCCGACACUUCCCUCACCGAUACCUACGACGACGUUUUUGAAGGCCGCGAGAACAGCCCGAUGCCCUCCGCGAAUCCCAAUGGCCCGCGAUACGAAUCACGUCUGGGCUCCACGGCCUCUGAUGGCGACGCUAGGCCACUUCCUCCUCUUCCUGGCUUCUCUGCACAAGACGGCAGCCGGCGGCGCGACUCGAGCGUUGGCUUGUCCGCUGCUGCUGAACGAGUCAACGACAGGCGGCGGUCCCUUCCUCAGCUUCCGCAAGCUGCUGGUAUCUCUAAGAGCGAUCUCCUCAACAUGCGCGAAGUCUCCAUGACACUUGAGGAUCGAAUGCGUUUGCUGAACGUUGAAAAUGACCGCGACACAAGUACACCCACACAAGAGAUGCAGGACAAGAAGAACAAGCAGGCUGAGGAGGACGUUACAGAGGCGGAUGUGGAUCAGUCGGAGAUCACUGCCGAGGAACUGAGACUGGUGCCGCGCAUCUCGCGCGAAUCCAUUCUGCGCCGCGUCAAGAGCCGCAAUUUCCAGGAUGGCGAAGGCGACGACUCCGACGCGGAAUACAGCAACUUUGAGCCAGAGUACAGUCCUGAGCGCAGCUAUGGCGAUCUUGCUGACCUGGAUCCCGACGUUCCUAUUCCUUCGCGCGAACCUUCGUCCAACUUUGACGAGCACCCACGCCAGGCUUCUCACAGUGAAGCAGACAGCGUUGUCGACGCCUACAACUAUGGAGAUGUAGCCCAUGGGGAUCCCGCCGACGCAACAGACGUAGAUGGUAGCUCCAUGUCCGACCUUGAAGACUAUGAGCGCGAGUCAUCGGUUAUCCACCAUCCUAUGCCGCAAGAGUCGGAAGACGAAGACGACGAGAGCCAAUACUCUCCUGUCCCAGAGGAGCAGCCAACAUCGCAGAGCACUAUCGACUCUUCCGGCCCACCAACACCGACUGCGGCCCCUUCUUCACCUGUCGCGGAGAAGAAGCAGGAUGAGCAAGACCACUCGUACUGCAACUUUGAAGACAAGGACACGGACCUCAGCCUCGAUCCCGUCAAGGCUCCAUUGGACACUGUCCCAGGCCCGCUCGACAAUGCUCCCAAGCUAGAGGCCAUGCGCGAAAGUCUUCAAAGACCUGUCACCCCAGAGCCGGCGGACGCUGAGGACGACGAUUCUGAAUCGGAUGCGCCCAGCACUCCAGGCUCUGUCAUUCGGCAUCCCAUUCCCCAAUCACCUCUCCCUAAUGAAGAUAUUGAGGUUCCCCAACGCGAGGCAACCAUCAGGGGUGCGGGCGGAAAACUCAAGACACGCCCGUCGCUUAUUCCCGACGAGGUUGACAUGGCCGCCACCCGUCGUCAAGUCAGUGGUGGAUUUGCUCCGCCUGUUCCCGAGCGCAGCCCCAAGCGCCAAUCCCUUGGCCUGGACAUGAGCAAUGUUGACGAGGAAGAUUCACAGUUGAGCCUUACCACCAGGGAGAACCGCAUGCUUGAUCUCAAGCUCGGCGAUCUUAAUCUUGGAGACGAUUCCAAUGAUCUCAGCUUUGGGCUUGACAAGGAAUUUGACCACAUCAUUGCUUCACAGAAGAAGGGAUACAUGAUGCGUGAGAACACCAAGGUGGUGGUUGCAAGCAGUCGGCAAUUUAGUGACGAGAAGCCUCCCACGGGUGAUGGCGCCCCCGAAUCAGUCGCCCGAAUCACUUCGCGUAAGGCUAGCAUCGAGCGCAAGCCUUGGACAAAAGAGCCUUGGAAUGGCAAGCCCCGACGCAAGAGCAUUCGCACUGCCUCGGGUCGACGGGCCCGGACUUCCGAAGGUCCUGCUCCACCCCUUCCUGGCCAGGACUCGGCUGUCUCUGGGGGUCUGGGUGCGGUUGCUGAGCAGAGCGCUGAUGAUCAGUUUGAGGAUGGCGAGGAGCGCGGCAGAGUCUUUGUCAAGGUGAUUGGUGUCAAGGACCUCGACCUUCCCCUUCCCAAGAAGGAGCGUGUCAACUUCCAACUAACCCUUGACAACGGCCUGCACUGUGUCACCACGGCUUGGUUAGAGCUUUCGCAGUCUGCUCCGAUUGGCCAAGAAUUUGAGCUUGUUGUCCUUGACGAUCUCGAGUUCCAGCUUACGCUCCAGACAAAACUGGAGCCUCCAGUAGCACCGCAGGUUGUUGUUCCACCCACCAAGAUUGUGAACCACAAAAAGUCGCACUCGGCCUUCCGCAAUCUCCUCUCGUCGCCAAAGAAGAGAAAGGAGCAGGAGCGCAAGGCGCAAGAAGAGGCCGAUCGCAUCGCGCUUCAGGAGCAGCAGGAGGCUCAGGCGGCCGCUAAGCGCAACUACCAGGCGACGGCGUGGGACCUCCUCCAUGACUUGGUCGGACCCGAUGGAUCCUUUGCACGUGCCUAUGUUUGCCUCAGCAACCACGAGAACCAAGCCUAUGGCCGGCCGCUCACCGUUGAUGUUCCGUGCUUCAACGAGUGGGCCGUGGACAACACCGGCGGAAGCAGCGUCAAGAGCAAGCGUGGGGGUGUUGUUCGCCGUCCUCCUUACCGAGUCGGCAAGCUUACUCUGCAGCUGUUGUACGUGCCGAGGCCGAAGAAUGCCAAAGAUGAGGAUAUGCCCAAGAGCAUGAACGCUUGCAUUCGCGAGCUCAAGGAGGCUGAACAGGUCAAGGACAUUAGCUUCGAGGGUACAUUGAGCCAGCAAGGUGGCGACUGCCCGUACUGGCGUCGACGGUUCUUCCGCUUGGAAGGCACCAAACUGACGGCGUAUCACGAAUCCACGCGGCAGCCUCGCGCGACCAUCAAUCUGGCCAAGGCUUCGAAGCUUAUGGACGACAGGUCCGCGCUUCAGCAGCCGUCUGCGACCAAGAGUGGGGGCCGCAGAAAGUCUGGCUUUGCUGAAGAUGAAGAGGGAUACAUGUUUGUUGAAGAGGGAUUCCGCAUCCGCUUUGCCAACGGCGAGGUCAUUGACUUUUACGCCGACAGCCGCGAGCAAAAGGAGGCCUGGAUGAAGGUUCUCUCCGAGACUGUUGGCAAGGACAUUGCUCAGAAUAAGGGCUGGGCUGCCAUGGUCCUCGAGAAGGAGCGCAAGGAACGCAAGGAGCGUGCACAGCUAGCAUCGACUCAACCCACAACGCCGGCGUCGAACGUUAGUCGUCCUGGUCACACACGCACUCAGUCGCAUGAUGUGCAGCCCGCCAAACCUAGUUCCAGCCCUGUCAAGGGUCACGCUCGGACACAAUCGCAUGCGCCAGCGCCACCUCUGAAGGAUGUGCGCAUGUCACAUGCGCCAACGCCACGGCCGCGAACGCAAGAGUCGGCGGCGAGGUCAGGACGCAGAGAUCAGGUUCGAUCGAUGAUUUUCUAAAGUCCCACUAUUCCUCUUCAUCAUCGAUACCCAUUCCUCUAUUUCCAUUGUUGGACACACUUACUUACUGGCAUCUCUUUGCGUUUUAGCUUCGCCAAUACUCUUCGCUUUCGCACCGACUCAGAUUGGGGUUUUGGCGACGUGGAAAGGGAAGAAAGGUUUUGACGGGCGCAGGUGCUGCGCAUCUGUUCCCCGAGUCAAACACGCCCGUACGCUGAUCCAAGCGACUGUUUUCAUUUUAUGAGGGCGUAUCCAUUAUGGUCCGAGACCGCGCUAGUCGGGUUGCUGCAGUGUGGUGUUGGUGGUGUUUUGUGUGUCCUAGCUGUUCGUGUCUUGUUGCAUCUUGUUAUCAUUGCUUGCGUCUUUUCUUUCUUUCUUUCUUUCUUUCGACUAGGUAUUGGAUGGCUUUGGCGUUGAGGUGGGGGCGGCUAUGGGAUCAUGAGAUUCUGCGUAAUGAUUCGAUUAGUAGCGAUGAAGAUGAUGAUGUAGUG